CUGUUCUCUGCGGCAGGAACUCACCUGUUCCUCGGUCCAGCGCUGUAUCUGCAGUGUCUGGUCAUGCCCUGUACAGUCUGCAGUGUCUGGUCAUCCCCUGUACUGUCUGCAGUCUCUGGUCAUCUGUACUGUCCGCAGUCUCUGGUCAUCCCCUGUGCUGUGUCUGCAGUCUCUGGUCAUCCCCUGUGCUGUGUCCGCAGUCUCUGGUCAUCCCCUGUGCUGUGUCCGCAGUCUCUGGUCAUCCCCUGUGCUGUGUCCGCAGUCUCUGGUCAUCCCCUGUGCUGUGUCCGCAGUCUCUGGUCAUCCCCUGUGCUGUGUCCGCAGUCUCUGUUCAUCCCCUGUGCUGUGUCCGCAGUCUCUGGUCAUCCCCUGUGCUGUGUCCGCAGUCUCUGGUCAUCCCCUGUGCUGUGUCCGCAGUCUCUGGUCAUCCCCUGUGCUGUGUCCGCAGUCUCUGGUCAUCCC